AUGAAUAGCACUUUUCAUUACCACCCCUCUGGCAGGCAGGAACUGGCGGUAACGACGGGAUCCCACUCCCCCAUACACAAGGUGGUGGGGGUCCAUGCGCUCCAGAUACACGCGGAAGAGGACUCGCGGAGUACAGUGGACUCGGCAAGCUCUAAAAUCUCAUACUCACAAGACCAUUCAACAACAGGAUCCACUCACGUCAAGACUCGCUGGAAAUUCAGUGAUACCUCUUUCCUGCAAGAAAUCCCCGUGCCAAGUACAGCAAUCCUAGUUGUGGUGGGCACCUGCAUUAUUCUGGUCCUUACUGUUGUCGGCAUUGUCACAUAUUAUGCCCUUUUCAACCGAACUAAAGUGCGACGCCAAAGUGCCCGUGAAAGAUUAAAAUGCUAUGAUGGGGAACAAAAGGCAAUAGUCGCUCAACAAGGACAUGACUGCUGCCUUCCUAAUCCCCGCGCCCCCCGUGAAUCCUUCAAUUCCCUGUACAAUUUGCCUUCGGGAUUCAACGAGAGGAAGACACCGAGUGAUAUAGAGUAUGAAAGACAGGCCCUAAGCACUCGAUUCGCUCAGUACUCGGAAACUGCAAGAUCCCCGCGGGGACCUGGUCUAAAGCCACACCCAAAAUACUCCUACCCUCCUGAAGUAUAG